GUUGACGACUGUAAGAUGAAAAUAUAGAUGUUCUAAAUCUAGGAUUCUAGAUUCUAGGCUAGAUCUUGCUUUUGGUUUUUGAUAAUUUGUAACUACAAAGCUAUCUUCUCACUGGUCACCACUACUGGGUAACAAUAUGGAUUAGUGAUUUAAAACAAACAUUAGGUGCAAGUUCUUGUGUAGAGAAACACCAUGGAUUUAGCAGCACAGCCCAAUUUCCUGACAGAAAUCAAAGAGGAAGUGGAAGAUACAGCGGAGACGUGCUUGACUGACUACAGCCUGGCGCCCUGUACGCCCAGCAACUUUCUUCUGCCAGAUGGCAUCCCUGACACAGCCAGCGCACACAACGACGCGGACAACAUUCAUCUGCCCUGUUACUUCUCUGACACACUCACUAAUUCACCUGAUGUUGUGUGCACGGAAUUCAUAUUUGGCGUGGGUUCCUGCGAGGGAGGUGUUAACGUAAGACCCUCAAGCCGUAGACAGAAUAUGGCCAGGAGUUGUAACUCCCCUCGAAGCUAUUUUAAACAGAACACCGUCAAAAAUACAGAGUGUAAUUUCAGUUGUUGCAACUAUUUUGUCAAUUCAAAGUUCCGUAACUCGGGCCAGAAAAUUUUUAAAUGCUAUGACUGUUGUGUGGUGUUCUUCUGCAUCACGGAGCUCCAGAAACACCUGAAGAACCACGUCAAGAAAAACUCUUUCAUGAGGCUAAGCUUGAACAAGCCCACUAAAAAUAAAAAAUUUCACAGCGCACAAAAAAAGACAGAAAAUGGUAAUUCUAAGCAGAUGGUGUUUCAGCAGAAGAAAGCCAGGGAAAAACCAUAUAAGUGUAACAUUUGCAGCCGGACUUUCUCGAUGAAGUAUUCUUUAUUUAUACACAGCAAAAAACACAACAAACCCAAGAGGAUAUUUAAGUGCAUGGACUGUGGAAGAGAAUUUGCCAACCGAGUGACCAUCACUGCCCACAUUUCUAAACACCUGGGAUUGAAGAACUAUAAGUGCCAUCUGUGCAGUGAAGAAUUUGUAAAGAAGUGUUCUCUGAAGGCCCAUAUCUUGAAACACUCUGGGGUAAAACCUUUCAAAUGUAACGUGUGCGACAAAGCCUUUUAUAAAAGCUACCAGCGCAAGACGCAUGAAAAACGUCAUUUUGGGGAGCGGCAGUUUAAAUGUGAGCAUUGCACUACUGCUUGUUUCACGAGCUGCGAGCUUAAAAUUCACAUGAGGAAACAUACGGGGGAGAGGCCGUACAAGUGUGAUAUCUGUGGUGUGGCGUGUGUGACGAGUUCCGUACUAGCCCGGCAUAAAAGAAAACAUUCAGUGGUCAAACCGUACUGCUGUGAUGAGUGUAACAUGGGUUUUGUGACCAGCACUAAGUUGAAGGUCCACCUGCGCAAGCACAGCGGGGCCAAGCCGUAUAAGUGUGACGUAUGUGAGGUGAGCUGUGUGACGAGCUCCGUGCUCAAGGUGCACAAGAGGAAACACACAGGUGAGAACCCAUACAAGUGUGAGGUGUGUGGGAAGGGGUGCGUCACCAGCUCCAUGUUAAAAGUCCACCUGAGAAAACACACCGGUGAACAGCCUUACAAGUGUGAGGUCUGCGGAACCGGCUGUUUCACCAGUUCACAACUCAAAGUCCACCUGCGCAAACAUACAGGUGAAAAACCGUACAAAUGCAACAUAUGUGGUCAGUGUUACGUGACAAGCUCCGUCCUGAAGGUGCACCUGAGAAAGCAUACGGGAGAAAUGCCGUACAAGUGUGACCAGUGCGAUGUGGCCUGCGUCACCAACUCCCAGCUACACGUACACAAGAGGAAGUACCACACUGGUGAGAGGCCGUACAAGUGUGACGUGUGUGACAUGGCUUUUGUCACCAGCUCGGAGCGCAGGGUCCAUAAGAAAAAACAUGGCUGAACGGUUGUCAUGACAACAAUAAAACAUCUAGAGGCUGUACCAAUGUGACGUGUGUGACAUGGCUUUUGUCACCAGCUCGAAGCGCAGGGUCCAUAAGAAAAAACAUGGCUGAACAGUUGUCAUGACAACAAUAAAACAUUUAGAGGCUGUACCAAUGUGACAUGGCUUUUGUAACUAGCUCGGAGCGCAGGGUCCAUAAGAAAAAACAUGGCUGAUUUAACAGUUGUCAUGACAACAAUAAAACAUUGCUGAUUUCAAAAUAGUCAUGA